UCUGCAGCGUUAGGUGGAGCAGCUCACCUGGUUAACUUCUGCAGUACGGACACAGUAGCUGGGCUGCUGAUGGCUCAGCGAUACUAUGGCUGCCCCAUGGCUGGCUUCUCCAUUCCAGCAGCAGAGCACAGUACCAUCAUCUCCUGGGGGAGAAGCAAGGAGAAGGAGGCAUUUGAGAGAGUCUUGGACCAGUUCUCCUCAGGGCCGGUGUCAGUGGUCAGUGACAGCUACGACAUCUUUAAUGCCUGCAAACACAUCUGGGGAGACAAGCUGAAGGAGCGAGUCAUGGAGCGCAGCCAGGACUCAUGUCUGGUCAUCCGGCCGGAUUCUGGAGACCCUGCAGAGACUCUUAUUGAGGUCAUCAAGAUUUUGGAGGAGUGUUUUGGCUCUUCCCUCAACUCUGUGGGAUACAAGGUCCUGCCUUCUUACCUACGAAUCAUUCAAGGAGACGGCAUUGACCUCUGCUCAGUGGAAGAGAUUCUUGAGAAGCUGAGUGAUGAAGGAUGGAGUGCUGAGAACGUCUUCUUUGGUUGUGGCAGCGCUUUGCUACAGAAACUCAACAGAGAUACACUCAGCUGUGCCUUCAAGUGCAGCUAUGUGGAGAGUAACGGCAAGGGGAUGGACGUGUACAAGCAGCCGGUGACCGACCCAUCCAAGGGGUCAAAGAAGGGUCGAUUAUCAUUGAGGAGGAACUCUGACGGCUUCUUAGAGACAGUAGAGAGAGGGGCAGGCAAGCCUGAGGAGGACCUGCUUGUGACCGUUUUUGAGAACGGCAGCCUGGUGAAGGACUACUCCCUGGAGGAGAUCAGGAAGAACGCUCGGCUGAGAGACGAGGAGAUGAACCCCACACUGCACAACCACGAACCGGAGCUGCUGCACAAUCACAUCAUCAACGGGAUUCAUUAGAUCAAGCACAAAGCCUCCCACAAUGCAUAUGGUACUUCAGUGUUUAACAGGUGCACUGGGUUGAAGACUGUUUUCGGAGGGCACCCAUCUGAGUAUAAACUUGCAGAAUGGAAAUGAAAAGCUGUUUCUCAAAGCAGCUCCCACCAAGCACUACUACCCACACUUCAUUCUGAGGAGGCCAGUGAUAACAUUGUUUUCAGGUAGCUUCAUUCACGUUCUCUUCUGGCCAAACACUCAGCCAGAGCACAGAGUACAAGGUGCACACAUUGCCCCGCAGACAUGCAGCUCAGGAUCAAAUACGAUAAGCUAGGUAAAUCCAGAAAUUAAAGUGAUAAAACAAUAAAGUUACACAUCCUGAGUUUGAGCUUGCUACUGGACACUUACAGAAUACAUACAGAAUUAGGGUGUGUAUCUUUAAAGGUAUUUUCAUAGCUGAUAUGCAGUAGCCGAGCAUCUUCAGGCCAAAAAUGAACUAAACUUCCAGAUAUUCCGAGCUUCCAUCAGAUUUCUUUUUCUGAGUGUUUUUAUUGAAGGAGAAAAGCCUUUGAAACAGCAUUUUAGACCAUAAGACACUAGCUUAUACCAAAAUAUGAAUGGUAACAGUAUUACUGAUUAUAGUAAUAGUGCUACAUCAUCAGGUAUGGGUUGCUCUGAGUGCUUGAUAUACAGUAUUUAAAAUCAUUGACAGUAGGGAUGCCCAGAUCAAUCAGCUGCCGCCGAUCAUCAUCGAUAUGAUAUUCAGCAAAAACAUAUCCUCUGAAUAUUAUUGCUCGAUCAGGUGUUUUGCGUUUUUUGGAUCGGUUUUCGCGAAUGCAAAAAACUUGAUAUGAAGUUGUUAGUUUGUUGUUUUUUUUUACUUAAACCGAUCGGUUUGAUCCAAUUGUCAGCUAAGUGGAGCUGUUUCAUACGUCUCAUGUGAGUUACAGUCUAUGCCUUUUACACAUGUAGCACACAACCAGAGAUUGUCUGUGUGAGACUUUUUCUCACCUGUUGGAAAUAUGCCAUUAGGUUUAGAGUGUGCAGGAGGAGGAUGUGCACGCUUUACAGAGUCUCACAGCUUCCGUUUUUGAAAUAGCACAACAGCAUAAAAACCCCAUUUAAAGACUCUCCAUUUCUCCAUUAUUUGCAUUACUAACCUCAUAGUUAACAAAUAUAUAAUUAUAUCAUUGUUGUUGUUCAACAAAUGCCAAACAACAAAUGAAGGUGUCAAACCUGCUCCCUUAUCAACCGCGUGUUUGUGGGAACCUUUGACCUUUGCCUUUUUUUUUGCAAACAAAAUAAAUUUUUUGAAACACAAUUGUGUUUUACUUUUAAUCACAUAUGAAGAGGUAGUUUCACUUUAUAUGAAACAACUAGAAAAAAAAAAAAAAACAAUAAUCUUGGCGGCCUCUCCUGCAUGCGACUGAGAGCUCAGCAGGUCACUGCCACAUGGUGGAGAUCCCAAUACACUACAAAGCAGUGCUACUGCUAUACCAGCUGCUAUAACAAAACAAAAACACCAUCAGCAUCGGCCAAUAAGGCUCAUAUCAGCGGCAAAAACAAAACAUAAUUGGGGCAUUCCUAGUUGUUUCUGCCCUUUGGUUUGUGUUUGCGUGUAGGAAGCGUAAUAUAUAAAUGAAAGGUAUUUAAAUGAAGACCUCACCACACUGACCAAUUGUGCUCACUAAAUAAAGCUGAUUGUCCUGCACUGCAACAGUUUGGACAAAGAAAAUGAAGUCAAUGAAGCCAUCAACAAACAAACAAAAAAGACAUCAUGAAAGAAAUAAUCAGAUGAAUAAAUUGUGUAAAUUAUAUACAUGAACAAACAA